AUUUUGGAAAACUUUGUCAAAAUUGUGUUAGACUAAAAAAAAAAGAAUAUAAAAAGAAAGACCCAUGUCUAAAGCUGAGCUGAGAUAAUGCUGGACGAUGUGUCAAUUACAAUUGCCGAUUCCCUUUCGGGCGAGUCCUUGUCCACGGCCCACAGCAAGGCAACAAUACCGAGCUACGCCAGCAGUUUUGACGAAGCGAACAAUAUAUCGGAGCUGCCGGCGCCGCUGCGUGAGCCGCUGUCGGCGAAAUAUAAGCACAGCUUCGCCUAUGCCACAUUCAAGGAACGCGUGCCCAAAAUCCUGUUGGAUCUGAUCGACUCGCUGCAAAAGCAGGAGGAUCGGAUUAUCGAGAAGUAUGGCUCGUAUGCGCACUUCGAGCUGCGUCGCAUCAUCUGGAGCCUGAAUAUCUUGCGCAACGAGGUGCUGGAGAACAAGCCGUUCAAGUACUUCUAUGACAAAACGCCCGACUCCCUGGAGUGGAACAGCUUCAUCAAGCACCUGACGAAUCGCGAGAGGAAUCAAUGGUUUUCGGCCCAAUGGCUGCACGCCGAGUGCUACCUGUACCGUCGCAUCUGGAGGGCCUUCCAGCGCUCGGAGCUACUCAAGGACUUCGACUACUUUGGCCAGAAGAAGAUCUGCUCCGCCCGCAACCUUGUCUAUCUGUUUCGCGCCGUCCUGAAGGGCGUGAGUAAGCUGAAGCGCAGCCGCAAGGAUUUUGUGACGAUGCUGAAGCUGUCGCUGUGGGCCAAUCGCUGUGACCUCUCCAUCACCAGCGACAGUCCCUCGGACCAAAUUCUGCACACCCUCAAGCAGUACAACAAGCACUUGCUGGUGGAUCAGUCGAUUGAGGUUUAUCGCUUGCUAACCCGGGAUCUCCACUCCUCCGUCACGCCUGCCAUGGUCGACAUCAUCCUGGACAAUGCUGGCUUCGAGCUCUUCGCCGAUCUCCUGCUGGGCGCCUACCUGAUCGAUACGAGGCUUGCGGUGAGGGUGCGCUACCAUGUGAAGGCCAUUCCGUAUUAUGUAUCGGACGUGACGGCCAACGAUUUCAACUGGAUGCUAAAUUUCUUGCUGAACAGCGAGAUCCCCGAGUUUGCCCACCUGGGCCGCAAGCUGCGCUAUUUCAUGAAACACGACAUCUUCGCGCUCUACGAGACCUGCAAGUUCUGGACCCGCCCGGAGGGCUUCCGUUGCAUGCGCCAAUUGGCGCCCUGCCUGUACGUCCAGCUGAGCUUCAGUGCUCUGGCCAUCUUCAAGGGGGAUCUCAACUAUCGCAAGCUGCUGGACGACAUCAACUGGAACUCCACGACUCCAUUCCCCGACUGUCUUGGCGGCUUCCUGCCCACCAGCCUCUGUGCGCUGCGCUGCAUCAAAUCGGAUCUCUACUGCGGCAUGCCCAACUGCCUGGUUGACUUGCUCAUGCUCGACAAUCCCAAAUGGAUGUGCACGGGCGAAAAGGCAGUCAUUCAGCUGGCUUUCAAGAAGCGACCCUAGCGCCUAGGGUCGCCGAGCUCAGUUCCUAAAUAUAUAGACUUCGUAUUUUGCAUAUAUCUUUAUCAUCAGUUCAUUUCAUCUCCGAGUUGGAUGUACGGCAGUUCAAUAAAUUGUGUUUAA